AUGUUAUUUAAAGGAAUCAACCAGCUACUUAAACCAAAACUGACCACCGCUCUCAGAAGGGUGUGGUUCUCUACAGAAGCAACACCAUCAUACUUCAAACUAUUUCCUCAUAAUUUCCCUCAGGGUGGCCCACCAAAAGAUCCAUUCUUUAUCAAUGAAAAACAACUCCGUAAAGAGUAUCGUACUUUGCAAAGCUCAAAUCACCCGGAUGUGUCAUCAGAUACUAUAGCAUCACUGAAUAUCAAUCAAGCAUUUACUCAUUUGCGUAAUCCAUAUUUACGCUUGGCUCAUCUAAUCAAAUUGUUGCAUGGAGUAGAUAUAACCGACGAUGCAGUAUCGAAAUCAAUGAUUGCAAAAUUUCAAAACUCUAGUGAUGCAAAUGCAAUGGCGUACAAGUCAAUGUUGUUACAAGUGAUGGAAGCUCAUGAGCAAUUGGAAUUUGCUGAAAAGGAACAAGAAUUGGAUGAAUUGGAAGAUGAAAACAAUGAUCGUAUAAAACAAGCUGAAGAGAAAAUUGAGCUGGAAUUAAAGAAGGAGCCUAUAGAUUGGGAUGAGUUGAUUACUGAUGCUAUAAAAUUGAAAUAUUGGGUCAAUAUACUGAAUGGUAUCAAGGAUUGGGAACCAGGUAAACCAGUACAUUUGACUCAUUAG